AUGUUCCAUCAUCAUUAUGAUAUUAUACCACCAGGGGUCAAGUGCGGAGGUAUUCUUUCUGCACCGAACGGCAAUGUGUCUAGCCCAAACUUCCCGGGCCUGUACCCGUACAACACGGAGUGCGUCUGGCUGAUUGUGGUGGCAGAGGGCUCCUCAGUGCUCCUCACUUUCCACCAUUUCGAGCUGGAGUACCAUGCAGACUGCGCCUACGACUACAUCAAGAUUUACAAUGGCAUCGCGGAGGACGAGGGCAACCUGCUGGGCAAGUUCUGCGGGGACAUUUCCCCACCGCAGUUCACCUCCUCCUGGAACGUCAUGUCUAUCAUCUUCCGCUCUGAUAGGCACGUGGCUCACAGGGGCUUCUUGGUCGGGUACAGGAAAGAUAUGUGUGGGGGAGUCUUGACUGGCCUUUCGGGGAUCAUAUCCAGCCCGGGCUACCCUGUGGAAUACAGCAACAAUGCUGACUGUUCUUGGACUGUGCACGUGUCAAACCGCACAGUGGUGAGUCUGGUCUUCCUGGACUUCCAGCUUGAGAACAACGAAGGGUGCAACUUCGACUAUGUGGCCCUUUUCGAUGGGCCAACUGUCACCCACAGACAUCUGGGAAACUAUUGUGGGAGCAAUCGUCCCCCCAACACCGUCACCACCUCCAACCAGCUGCUGGUAGUCUUCAAAUCUGACUUCAACAUUGGAGGGAGGGGAUUCAAGGCCUAUUACUACUCUGGGGAAUGCCAGCAGGUCCUCACAGCUAUACGAGUGAAUUUCACCAGUCCACACUACCCCAACAUUUACCCCAACAACAUAAACUGCCAUUGGACUAUUAACCUGGAGGCUGGGUACCGGGUCAAGCUUUUCUUUACCAGCAUGGACCUUGAAGACCGCAACAGCCUGACAGGCGAGUGCGACUACGACUCGGUAUCGGUGCAUGAUGGGAGCAGCGAGGCCGACCCGCUGCUGGGGAGCUGGUGUGGCUCAGAGCAGCCCCCUUCCCUGCUCUCCAAAUCCAACAAGCUCCUGGUCAUCCUCAACACUGACCGCAACUCUGCGUACAAGGGCUUCUCUGCCUCUUACACAGGGGUGGUGCCUGUCAAUGUCAGCUGCACCAGGACUGAGUUUCAGAUCCAGAUUUCCCAACAGUCUUUGCCCCAGCUGGAGCGCGAGAGUGUGUAUUUGGGGAACCCCCCCUGUGUCGCCCAGAUGACACCCACGGCAUACAAGAUCCAGGCUCGUUUCGUCAACUGUGGCACUGCCGGGCAGAAGCGCAGGAACAUCACGGUGCUGGUGAACACCCUCUACAUCGACUUCUCGGAGGGGAAGCAGCAGAACGUCCAGGAGUACGAGGUGCAGUGCGACUCCCAGCGGAAGGUUGCGUCGGUCAGCCUCAUCACCGUGGAGGAGCGGAACAAGCUCAACGAGCUGGCCCGGCGGGCCAAGGAGACAAACACACAGACCAGCGUGGUGGAGAACUCCGAGCCCCACGACACCAGCGACAUCGUCUUCAUCAGCAUCUGUGUCCUGGCCGUCAUCCUCAUGGUGAUCGCCAUUGUGUGGCUGGUGCUACUAUAAGUAGAACUAUCUUCUCAAAAAAUGUUGAAAUGCUGCUGUAGAAGUGAACCAUUUCAUUUACGAUGACUUUUUUUUUUUUUUAAACAAAUGGACCCUGUUGGGUUAGGGUAAACCAGAGAUCACAUAAUUCACCAAGCGUGAGAGAUUCCAGGUUAACUUUGCCAACAAGGUCAAAUUGUAUGUUCCUUGCCUUUAUUAUAUAAGGUAUUCCAAUAGGAAAGUCUUAAUUUUCUUUGUUAAAGAAGUGCAUAUUUCAAUUCAUUUCAGUGGUUUCUUCACUUGCUAUUCAUUCUUCCAACAAGGUGCAGAGGUCUGUUGUUCCACCCAUAUUUUUCUCUGUAUAUAUUACAU